AUGGGCUCCAUCGCCGAGCCAACAGUUCCAGAGCCAGAGGCAGCGUUGAUGAAGAACAAAUACCUCUGUCUCACCAUCUGCGGCUACCGCAAGCCGGGCAUGAGCGAGCAAGACUAUCGCAAUCACAUGGUCAAUGUCUCGGCGCCCCUGACCAAGGGACUUAUGGUCAAAUAUGGAGUCAAGCGGUGGACGCAGAUCCACAACCAAAGCGCCACGCGUGCUCUGAUGAGCCAAUUGUUCGACCACCAAAUGGCGAAUGUGGCCGACUUUGACUGCUUCAGUCAGGUCGUCUUCGAGAGCAUUGAGGAUUACAAGCGCAUGAAGCAAGAUCCUUGGUACAAGGAGCAUUUGGUUGGUGAUCAUGAGAAAUUCGCCGACACGAAACGAAGCAUGAUGACGAUAGGUUGGGUUGAGGAGUUCGUCAGGGAUGGAGAAGUGGUUGAUGGGUUUGGGAAAUGA